AUUAGUGGUUUCGUUGCUGGCCCUGAAAUAUUGUUCUCUUGUUCUAGGGAACUGACUCUUUUUUGGAGUAAACUGCAGCAAAGGGUAGAGCCUUCUAUUCAAGUGUAUCUAGAGAGAUGUCGUCAACUUUCUGUGUUAACUAAGACUGUUUAUCACAUUUUCUUCCUGAUUAAAGUAAUUAAUUCAGAGAUUGAUGGUGCUGGACUUGCAACCUGCAUUGAACUGUGUGUGAAAGCGUUGCGCUUGGAAUCCAGUGAAAAUACAGAUGUCAAGAUAUCUAUUUGCAAGACUAUCUCCUGCUUGCUUCCAGAUGAUUUGGAGGUUAAACGUGCUUGUCAGCUGAGUGAAUUUCUUCUCGAACCCACUGUGGAUGCAUAUUAUGCUGUUGAAAUGCUAUAUAAUCAGCCUGACCAGAAGUAUGAUGAAGAGAAUCUUCCAAUACCAAAUUCUUUGCGCUGUGAGCUCUUACUUGUACUGAAAACUCAGUGGCCUUUUGAUCCAGAAUUCUGGGACUGGAAAACUCUGAAGCGUCAGUGUCUGGCACUUAUGGGAGAGGAGGCAUCCAUCGUAUCAUCAAUAGACGAACUGAACGAUAGUGAAGUUUAUGAGAAGGUUGAGGAUUGCCAAGAAGAGACUAAAGAAACUUCUGUGAAUGGGCUUGCUGGCACUUUUGAUGAAGCUACAAGCCUUCUUAAGGGUAUCAGAGAUGAAAAGCAGAAAAAACGAGAAAUUAAAAAACUCAGAGAGAGGGGGUUCAUAUCAGCUAGAUUUAGGAACUGGCAAGCUUAUAUGCAGUAUUGCGUGUUAUGCGACAAAGAAUUCCUAGGUCAUAGAAUAGUUAGGCAUGCACAAAAACAUUAUAAAGACGGAAUUUACAGUUGUCCUAUUUGUGCCCAAAAUUUUAAUUCUAAAGAAAAUUUUGUUCCCCAUGUAACUUUGCAUGUUAAAAAAUCCAGCAAGGAGAGAUUGGCUGCUAUGAAACCACUGAGAAGACUGGGAAGACCUCCUAAAAUAGCAACUGCCAACGAGAAUCAGAAAACUGACUCCAUAUCCAAACAGGAGCAGCGACCCAUUAAGAAGAACAGUCUCUAUUCAACAGACUUCAUUGUGUUUAAUGAUAACGAUGGCUCAGAUGAUGAAAAUGAUGACAAAGAUAAACCUUACAUACCAGAGAUAGUGCCAGUUCAAAAGCCACUCCCUGUUAAUGAAUUCACCUGCCCUGUAACAUUUUGUAAAAAAGGCUUUAAAUAUUUUAAAAAUCUAAUAGCACACGCGAAGGGGCAUAAAGAUAAUGAAGAAGCUAAACGUUUUCUUGAAAUGCAAAGCAAAAAAGUGAUUUGCCAGUACUGUAGACGACAUUUCGUAAGUGUUACUCACCUGAAUGAUCAUUUACAAAUGCACUGUGGCAGCAAGCCUUAUAUCUGCAUACAGAUGAAAUGUAAGGCUGGUUUUAACAGUUACGCUGAGCUGCUGACACACAGGAAAGAGCAUCAAGUCUUCAGAGCAAAGUGUAUGUUUCCUAAAUGCGGCAGAGUGUUUUCCGAAGCCUAUUUACUGUACGAUCAUGAAGCACAACACUAUAAUACCUAUACCUGCAAAGUCACAGGCUGCGGAAAGGUAUACCGUUCUCAGAACGAACUGGAAAAGCACGUUGAGGAUCACAACAAGCAGCCUGAAAAAGUGCAACAGCCUGAAAGCCAGACUAAUCAACCUGAUCCUAGUCAGCCUUCUAAAGCUAGUGAAAAUACCGAUGGAGUUGCUGUUAAAGAGGAAUUGUCAUCUCCUCUGGCUGACAACCAAAGUAGUUUUACGGAAGGAGAAAACGUUGUCUGGAAUCAAAUCAAAGCAGAACCAGUAGGGAAUGAAAGUGUAAGCGCAUCAGCGAGUGUACCGCAGCAAAGUGAUUCCUCGCCUAAUGCUGGUUCGGAGCAGUCUCCUACAGGUUCAGUGAAGACAGAAUUGGCAAUUCCAGCAAGCAGCAUUAAGGUGCCUGCUGUUAACCAGAAGAUCCGAGAGAACUUUCUAAAAAGAGGUAAAUUGGCUGCUGCUGCCAGUAAAGUAGAUACCACUAAACCUGGAGCCCAGCAGUUGUGCUCAUCGGUUGACUCUUGUCUUCCAGUUUUCCAAGAAAGAGAGGAAGAAGACUGUCUCAGUCAGACUCAGAAUAUUCAAAAUAUUUCUGUGACCUCAGACACACUAAAACCAGAAGCCCUUGAAUCAAAAAGCUUAGAAAGACAAGUGAGCAUUGUAAAUCCAUUCAGCAUGCAGAAUCAGGCAGGAUAUCGAAACAGUGUACCCAUUUCCAAACUUGAAAUUGAAGACAGUAUUAAGGCUGCAGCUAAUCUAUAUAACCUGCCUUUAAAAACUUUAGAAAGUAUUACAUUUAUUCCUUCGCAGCCUAACAUAAAUAGCUCUUUAGUUCCAGCUGUGUCACCAGCAGCCCCAGUUCAGAAAUUUAAUUGUCAGGUUGAGGGAUGUACUCGAACAUACAACUCAUCACAGAGCAUUGGCAAACAUAUGAAGGCAGCACACCCUGACCAAUAUGCUGCUUUUAAAAUGCAGCGUAAAAAUAAGAAACCACGAAAAUCCAGCAAUCUGCAAAACGUGCCGAACGAUGGGAAGAUUGUAUAUCUUAUGCCGUCACAAGUGGGCAAUCCCAGUGGUGCUGCUUUUACUGCACAGAACAAACCUAAUUUGAAUCCCACCUGUUCCAGUCAAGUGCAACAUGUCUCAAGUACGCUUUUCCCAACCCACCUAGAAAAUUUGGCCAAUCCUAUGUUGCCUAUAGUAGAAAGUGUCAUAAAUCCAAGCUUGUCUACUCGUAUUAAAACUGAGCCUGAGAGUGUUUUAUGUUCACAAAUGGAGAAUCUGUCUGGUGCAACCUUACCUUCCCAGUUGGACGAUCUGGCAAAAACAGUUAUGCCUCUGAAUAUUGACGGCGGUUCAGAUCCUUUUCUUCCUUUGCCUGCAGAAAAUGGUCCGAUGUCUCUCUUUCCUUCGUCAGCAGAGAAUCCUCCAAAUUCAGUCUUCUCACAACUGGAAAAUAAUGCAAAUAGCUUUUCAUCACAACUAGAAGGAAACACUAGUUCUGCUUUUCCAAAAGAGGAAACUGUUGAUCAGAUAUUUCCCUCACGACUGAGUAAUGAAAACAACUUCAAUGAAACUAGUUCUCAACUUCCAACUUCAGAAAAGGUGAAAAAAGAUCGUGGCCGGGGCCCAAAUGGGAAAGAAAGGAAACCAAAACAUAACAAGCGGGCAAAGUGGCCAGCAAUAAUUAGGGAUGGCAAAUUUAUCUGUAGCAGGUGUUUCAGAGUUUUCACUAAUCCUAGAUCACUUGGUGGUCACUUAUCUAAGAGGUCUUACUGUAAACCUCUUGAAGGAUCAGAAAUUUCUCCAGAAGCUCUGCAGGCUAAUGGACAGUCUUUGCUUGCCAGUAUGAUUCUUUCCUCAAAUUCAUUAAACUUGCAGCAACCCCAGGAGUCUGCCUUCAAUCCAGAGACGUGUUUUAAAGAUCCAUCAUUCCUCCAGUUACUUGCAGCUGAAAAUCGUUCCACGGCCUUACUGCAGACUAUGUUUCCACGGGCCAAUGUGACUAACUUUAAUACUGGUGGGAAUGAGGAAGGAAGUCAAAUUAUAAAACAAGCCUUGGAAACUGCAGGCAUCCCGAGUACCUUUGAUAACACAGAAGUACUUCCACACGUAGUUACGACGAGUUGCGUCACUGGUACGACCCAGAUAAAUACAGCUGUUCUCCCCAACUCAACCGCGUCCCCUCUGCUGCAGACAGUCUGUAACCCCAGCACCCUGCUAACAGACCAAAACAGGACCCUCAAUGCCAAAAUUCCUCCAAUAAAUGAAUGCAAGAGUGUGCCUGUUUUUGCAACAGAGGACUUAAUGCUAAAGACUAUUGAAAAUGGCUUAUGUCCUAGCUCAUUUUCUAAUACCGUUGCAGCAGCGCAAAACUUUGCAGGGAACAGUUCACGAGUUUCAGUUAUAAGUAGUCCCAAGAAUUCAGGAUCAAGCAACUUGAAUAAGAAGGGAAGCAGUGCUUCAAAGAGGAAGAGAAAAGCAACUACACCCUUGCUUGCAUCCAAUACAGCACAGAAAGUAGCAGUAAAUAAUACAACAACGAUGGAACUUCUAACCAAAAGCACUGAAGGAAACGUGCAAAUACAGGGAGAAAGCUUUCAGUCCAACUUGCUGGCAAAUUGUGGCUCUCAAGCAGUGGUGGAAAAUCUCACGCAGAAACUCAAUAAUGUUGACAAUCAGUUAUUCAUGGCCAGUAUCAAAGACAACUUCAAAACAAAUCUCGAGGCUCAUACAACAUUACCCCCUUUAACAGUAAAAACUGAAAAUGGGGAUUCCCAAAUGAUGGCUGUAAAUUCUUGUGCGCAAGCAAAUUCAGAGGAACAGAUUUCAGAAGACAAUGUUAUGCAGAACUUUGAAAAAACCCUGGAAAUAAUUAAAACUGCUAUGAAUUCACAGAUACUUGAGGUGAAAACUGAAAUUCAGGAUACUGUCAUUGCUUCAGGACAAAACUCACAAGUAAAUAAUGCACAGGCUUCUUCGGGAAAUUCUGCGCAUAGUGUAAAACUACCUACUCCCGCACAGUUUGUCAUGCACGUUGGGAAUGUCACCGCUGCAAAGAGUAGCUCUGCUCAGUCUGAGACAUCUCAAAAGGAUGAUACUCAAAUAUUGGAAAUUUUGGAGGGCUUGCAAAAACUGAAACUAGAAAAUGAUUCACCCAUUCAGGUCUCUGAGACUGUUUCCCAGUGUCCUCCAGCAGUUACGCUAGCACCAGCAAUUCCUGUUGUAUCAACUGAAAAUAAACCCCUCCUCCAGAUAUCUUCAGAGGCAAGUAACAUUCAGUUUAGUGAUAAAGUCAAUAAGCCCUUUGUAUGUCAGGAUCCAGGCUGCAAUUACAGCGCUAUGACAAAAGACGCGUUAUUUAAACACUAUGGCAAGGUUCAUCAGUACACUGCAGAAAUGAUACUAGAAAUUAAGAAGCAUCAACUCAAGUACGCCCCAUUCAAAUGUGUUGUAGCUACCUGUCCAAAAACAUUCACAAGAAACUCUAAUCUCCGAGCACACUGUCAGCUUGUACAUCAUUUUACGACAGAGGAGAUGGUAAAAUUAAAAAUUAAAAGGCCUUAUGGCAGAAGAUCUCAAAAUGAAACUGUAAACACAGCCCCACGACCUGUUGAAAUAAAAACUUUGCAGACACUAAUAAUAGAAAACAAAACUCCAGCUCAAUUGGUCAAAGAACCUCAGAUAAAGGAGAUUGUAGAGCCUGUAAAAGUCUUGGAAAAACUUUUACCAGAAGAUAACAUUCCUGAAAGACUGGAAAAACCUCCCCAAGUGGUUUCUGUUCCACCAGAGCAGCACAAUGCAGCUUCUUUUGGUCAUACACAGGCACAACCCAAAGUACGCAAGGUUAGGAGGUACAGGAAGGAAAAAGAGGAGAGAAAACGUAGGAAGCCUGUAACAAAAUCUCUGGAGUUUCCCACUAGAUACAGCCCUUACAGGCCGUACCGGUGCGUCCAUCAGGGCUGCUUCGCGGCUUUUACGAUACAACAAAACCUAAUCCUUCACUACCAAGCUGUGCACAAAACAGACCUCCCAGCCUUCACUGCUGAGUUGGAGGAGGAGAAUGACCCAGGCAAAGAGGAACGCGAUGAGGUGGAUACCAAACCUGCUGUCAGAGAGUUCAGGUGUGAGGUGAGUGACUGCUCUCGCAUCUUCCAGGAAGUUACCAGCUUGAUACAACAUUAUAUGAAGCUUCAUGACAUGACCCCAGAGCAAAUUGGAAACAUGAAAUCGGCUCCUGAGGCGGGAAGGUUUUCUUGUGAUCAGUCUCAAUGUAAGUCUUCGUUUACAGCGUAUCUUAACUACAUUGUGCAUCUUGAGGCAGAUCACGGUAUUAAGAUAAGGCCAAACAAAGUAGAAGAUGACGGCGUAUUCAAGUGCGACUGCGAAGGCUGUGACCGUAUUUAUGCUACUAGGUCUAACCUCUUGAGGCAUAUUUUUAACAAACAUAAUGACAAGCAUAAAGAUCAUCUAAUAAGACCCAGGAGACUGACACCAGGUCAGGAAAACAUUUCAAGCAAAGCAAAUCAGGAGAAACCGUUGAAGUCCAAACAGAGAGGACUGAAAAACAAAUCGGGAAAAGAAGGUAACAGGUUGUCAGUGAAAACAAAACGAAAGAAAAACGUGAACUUGGAAAACAAAAACUCAAAAGGAAUGCAAGUUCAAGAAAAUAAGGCUUAUUCACUGAAACGCGGCAAGCACGUGUAUUCAAUAAAGGCUAGAAACGAUGCCUUAUCGGAAUGUACCAGCAGGUUCAUAACUCAGUAUCCAUGUAUGAUAAAGGGAUGUUCAUCCGUAGUUACAAGUGAAAGUAACAUAAUAAGGCAUUAUAAAUGUCACAAACUGUCCAAAGCAUUUACUUCCCAACACAGAAAUCUUCUUAUUGUAUCUAAAAAGCACUCUGUUUCACAAGUAAAGGAAGCCUCUUGUGAACAAGAGGAGACUGAUAAAAAAAGUGAUGUGAAAGAGCCUGAACCAAGUUUGAUAGUGAGCAAUAAUGAUUCAAGCACACCUCCAUUACCACAAAAAGAAACUGAAAAAGGUGAGAAGGAUGAAGUGGACGAACUGACAGAACUAUUCAUUACUAAAUUGAUUAACGAGGAUUGUUCAAGUGCUGAAAAUCAAGCAAAAAUCUCUUCCAGUGUAAAUAGCGACGUGCAGGAGACCAGCUCCUGCCCCUCAGAAAAGCAAAAAUCAAACAACUUAAAAAGAGCAAACAAAGAAAAAAAUGUAUCUCAGAAUAAGAGAAGGAGAGCAGAAAAAACUGAGGAAGUACUGCCUGUUGACGUGAGUAGCACGCACAGGGAGGAAGAGACGGCUGUUGCCAUUCAAACGGCCGAAGAGCAACCUGCAGCUUUUGACUGGAGCUCGUUUAAGCCGAUGGGUUUUGAAGUGUCAUUCCUCAAGUUCCUUGAAGAGUCUGCUGUGAAGCAAAAGAAAAACACCGAAAGAGACUACCAUAGCAGCGGAACCAAAAAAGGAUCCCAUUCGAACUCACGAAAGUCCAACGAGAAGACCUCCGUAGCAAGUAAUAAUGUCACUUGGUCAUGUUCUGAAACUGAAACCCUUGUACCGUUUGCCAACCCAUCACAGCUUCCGUGCGGUGAUAAUGUAAAGAUAGUUUUAGACAAGACUUUUAAAGACUGCACUGAACGGGCGUUGAAGCAACUUCAGGAAAUGAAACCUAUCGUCAGUUUGAGAAAGCUCGAAGGACACUGGGAGGAUAAUCCAGAGGUUACAGCUGCAAAAGUAAUUGUUAUGAGUACCGAGGAAGGGGAGUCAAAAUACUGAAAACCUAAUGUGUUUAACCGUGACCUGUAAUAAAAUUUACUUUGAAUAGGAAGCCAUCAAGCAUGCUAGUAACUGUGGAGCUCUUUUAUUUUGAAGUGAUUUAAUCUAGCAAAAAACAUGACA